CUAUCCGAUGCAAUGCCAACCUCAGCUUCCACAAUUAGUACUUGGCUUUUGGAUUCAUUUCAUCAAAAUAAGACCCAUAUUCGAUCAUUAUUAUACAGUAAUGCAAUUUCUUCUAUCCAUCUUAGUUUUGAUCUUUGGACCUCUUCGAACUAUCUUGCACUCCUUGCUGUUAUUGCAUUUUGGGUUGAUGAGUCUGGUUGUAUCCAACAUGCACUUUUAGGUCUCCCACGACUUCUUGGUUCUCAUACUGGGGAAAAUCAAGGACAGCUACUGUGGCAAUUGAUAUUGGACUAUGGACUCCAAGACUACUUAGGUUAUUUCUGCUUGGAUAAUGCAUCAAAUAAUCUAACCGCACUACAUUUUCUCUCUGGGGGAUAUAGUGCACUUGUUCCAGAUAGCAUUCAGUUUAAUACUGCUCAACGAUAUAUAAGAUGCUAUGGUCAUGUUUUGAAUUUAGUUGUUAAGGUCUUCUUAUAUGGGAAGAAAUCAAUACAACUAGCUUCAAAUCAAAAUGAGCAUCAUACAAUUGAGAAAGAGAAUCGGGAUUCAGAAGUCUGGAGAAAGAUUGGACCACUAGGAAAAUUGCGCAACAUUAUUGUAUGGAUUCGAAACAGUCCACAGCGCCGCGAA